CAAUAAUGCGGAAGCAAUUUAAUCCAUGUUUAAUAACAACACAAUUAUUUAUUUUAAAAUCACAAAUUCCACCACGACAAUCUCGCCCCUUCCGCUGCCAGGAACAUGCAAAUCAUUCAUUCUGCCAACCUGCGUGUAGCAAAUAAAACAUACUACACGCUCAGCGAUGAAGCUGAGCCGGCGACCUCGCCUAGAUCUGGUCUGCCGCUGCUCGUGGCCGAGGCCGAGCGCCUAACUUGCCUUCGGAAGCCUCUGGAUGGAGGGUCGGCCGUGGUUGCUCCGAGGAUGACCAACCCUGCCGGGGCCGAGUGCGCAGUGCUGCCGAGGCGCUCUUUGUUGGUCAUUUGUCCUGGUUCCGUCAAGUGGGCCUUGACGAAGUUGGGCUGGGCCGUCUUCCUGCUGGGCUGGAUACCCCCAUUUCCGGGAGUCCCCCGCUGCCCAAGUCGAGUACUGACGAGGGUUGGGGAGUGUCCAACUAGCAAGAUUUACACGUGUCCCCUCGAUUCUGAGAACCCUGCCGUUGAUUUCGCUCACCAUCUCCGUUCGCCUCCGUCGCCGUCGCAGUCCAAUUUGAAGGUUAGUUCCCUCUUCUCCGUUCUCAUGGCGUCUUCUGAUUCCAAUCCUUCCACCCUCGCUGUCGACUCAGCGGUGGUUUGCUUUACAGAAAUGUACCGUCAAGAUCCCUCCCCCCGCCCCGAUGGCUUGAUGGGAGGAAUUGACCAUUCUAGGGUUUUGAGCGCGGUGCCUCUCCGCACGUCCGUCACCGUGGCGUCAUCGUCCCGGGCACCGCCCUUGAAAAAGAAGAAGAAGAGAUCAAAAGUUGUCAAGGGAAAGAACCCGAAAUCCCUACCCGUUACCGUGCUGGAAACGGGUCCGAUUACGAAUACGGGUUGUCUUCUGUUGGAUAUUGACUUUGACGAGGCUCUCCGCUUUGUGGGAGACGGUUACAUAGUGCGCCGACCACACACAACCAACCAUGUCUUCUCUGUGACCUGUCCCGACGCCGAGGUCGGGGUGCACGUGGCGUCCAUGCGCUACGGCCUUCGCUUUCCCCCUCACGAUAUGAUAGUCCAAUUCUUGAAUUUCUAUCGUCUCUUGCCGGGUCAGCUCAGUCCCCACUCCUACUAUUGUUUCUCGAUUUUCUUGAUUAAGUGUCAUCAGAGGGGAGUCCCCUGGUCUCUAGACUUGUUCCGUUAUAUGUUCAAGGUUUCCAAAGUGGGGGCCAAUGAAGGGAAUUCGUAUGCCGUUGUCUCUUCCCAGGCCGAGUUUAGUAUGGUCGUCUUCCCCUCAUCCCUGAAACUUUGGAAGGCCAAGUUUGUCUUCGUUUCUGGCUUUCCCGGGGACCGGCAUCCCUUCCACGCCAGGUUUCCCGAAUGUCACACGUUCAUUCGUCAUCCUCGGCCUGCGGCCACUUCUGAGCUUCAGGCACACACGCAAAAACUGUUGGAAGACUACCGGCCUAAACCGCCUCACGUGUACACGGUGUGUACGGAGCAGAACUUAGCGGAGGUGGGGAUCCUUAUCUCCCUCGAGCGCCAAUUCGAGCUGUCCGAGGCCGUGCUUGGGAGUCGCCCUAAGCAUGGGCUUGAGGAGAGUGCCCCGAGGUCGGAAGAUAUAGAGUUGGAGGAUAACGAAAGGGAAAAUGGCGGGGAAGGCGGAAACCAUGAAGAAUCAUGGAAGCCAUCCUGCUCCGAGGGGGUUGCUGGUACGAAACCUUCUGGAGAUCUGUCCCUCAUAUCAAGGUUUUUCCUGUUGGUUGCCGAGUCUUUUAACUAUUGUUUUGUUUUGGCAGGAGAUAUGAAUCCGGUGGAUGUUAUUCGCAAGGCCAAACUGUUGGCUCGAAACCGAGGCCAAGGAGCGGAGGUUCAACAAGGAUCUUCACCCGUGGGUGCAACUGGAUCUGUUGCCUCGGCCCGGACUCAGGAAGCAACUCCGGCCCGGAAUCAAAGAAAGAGGAAGCUCAUCCAGGUCGAGGACGAGGAAACCGCGUCCGAGCAGGAUGUGGUUCUGACCCAGAGUCCAACGAGCAAGCGCCCAGGCUGUCUUCAGGGUGGAAAAAGUCCCGCUUCCUUCGACAAGGCCGACGGGGAUGUGCAGGCUGAGGCCGAGGCUACUUCUCUUUCCGCGUCGCUCAAAGAUGAGGACGAGAUUCUUUCGUCCUUGCAGGGGCUUAUGGACAACUUCCACAAACAGGUGUCGACGAAACUGAGCCUAAUCACCAAACGUCGAGCCGGGGCCGAGUUCUCUUCUUCCAUGAACUUCUUGGCUUCGGUGGAAACUGAACUGUCUCGCCUACGGAAAUUGGCGGAAACCGAGCACGAACGGGCCGCCGAGCUUGAGAUGCAGGCCGUGGCGAAGUCCGAGGAGGUGGUCCGGCUGCAGGGCCUCCUGAAAGAGUCGGAGGAAUCAGCCUCCCAACUGACGGCUUCAAUGGCCGAGCUCGAGGGGCGACUGCGCCAAUCCGAUGGCCGGAUCUCCGAGCUGGAUCUUGAAUUGGCCGAAGCUGUCUCCGCGCAGCGGUCAGUGGAGGUGGAGCAAGAUCAGCUUCUUGCCGAGAGGGAGCAAGCCGUUGCUGCCGAGAAGGAGCGCGCCAUCUCUGACUUCCUUCAGUCCCCGUCCUUCAAAGAAAACUGCCUGGAGAGGAUGGCCGCUUAUUACGAAGACUGGCUCAAGACCGAGGCCAGCACUGAGAAGAUGGGAGUGGAAGGGACGAAGUGGUUCGAGAGUGGCGUCUAUCAUGGGAUUCAGCUCGUCCUUCACCGGGCCAGAAGAGUAGAUCCGUCCUUCCCUCCGCCCGGGGUCGUCAUUCCAGAGAUGCACCUAGCCUUAAUGCCGAACUCGGGGAGAAUCCAGAUUACCUUGGGACCCCCGAGCACGAGGACGCGGGCGCAGAUGGAGUCGGCGACGAGCAACCCUCAAAUGCCCUUCCUUAGUGUUUUCCUUGUAAUGCUUGCGAUCUUAUUCUUCACUAGGGAACGUCCUUCAUUCGGGCUACUCCCCCUUGUUCUUUUCCUUAUGGCAGAUUCGUCUUUGCCCAGUUUUGCCACUGCUCCGACUGCGGUGGGGAAGUGUACUCAUCCCGAUCUACCUUCUUUGAGUGAGGAUUCUGUCCAAAGUCCCUUCCGCCAGGAACCUGAUCCAACGGAGGUUGUGCAGAAGUCUGGGCAUUUGGUGCGCAAGGUGGGCACGAACGUGCGUGCCUACCUCAAAGGCUUUCGUCGUGCUCACCGGAAGAAGACGAUCAGCGCCGACCUCAAGGCGCAUCUCGCGGUCGACCAUGGUGCUUCCUCCGUAGAUUCUUCAUUUUCUGAAGAAAUAAAUGUGUAUUUUGACAAUUCGGGAAACAAUGCUUCACGUUCUUGUGCCUGAAUUAUGAUGUAUCGCCGUCUUGGGCGGAUUUUGUGUAAUAAAACUGCCUGUGUUCU